UAAAGAAUUUUGGAAAACUAGCUGAGACCUCUCAGUCUCUCUUUAGUCUUUACUCCUGGACCAACUACUUAGGCAAAGAGACUAAUAGUUCUUCCAUGGGGAGCAUUACUGACGGGGACAAUCAUCAUGAAGAUCUUAACCAAUCUCUCUUACCAGAAUCGUCUAUCAAAGAUGAAGAUCAUAUUUUUAAAGACCUCGCAUCAAGGGUGUGGAUUGAAUCAAAGAAGCUAUGGCACAUUGUGGGACCCGCCAUUUUCAGCCGGGUGGCUUCCUACUCCAUGAAUGUCAUCACUCAAGCCUUUGCUGGUCAUCUUGGUGAAGUUGAACUUGCUUCCACCUCCAUAGCCAUCAAUGUCAUCCUCGGCUUCUGUUUUGGCCUCAUGUUAGGGAUGGCGAGCGCAUUGGAGACACUGUGUGGACAGGCUUUUGGGGCAAAGAGGUACCCUAUGUUGGGCAUAUAUCUUCAAAGGUCAUGGAUUGUGCUGUUCCUAUGUUGUGUUUUGCUCUCUCCCUUUUACGUUUUUGCUGGUCCCAUUUUGAAACUCAUAGGACUGUCCAAUGAAGUGGCAGAGCAGACUGGGUUGGUGGCUCGGUGGCUCAUACCUUUACACUUCAGCUUUGCAUUUUACUUCCCAGUUCAAAGGUUCUUACAGUCCCAGCUCAAGACCUUGGUGAUUGCAUGGACGGCUUUGGUGGCUCUAUUGCUCAAUGUGUUGAUUAGUUGGCUGUUCGUUAUUGUGUGGGAUUUUGGACUCGUUGGUGCCAUUGUUGCUUUGGAUAUCUCGUGGUGGACUUUGGGUGUUGGGUUGUAUCUGUAUGUUGUGUGUGGUGGAUGUCCUCUAACUUGGACUGGUUUGUCUGUGCAAGCCUUUUCAGGGCUCUGGGAGUUUCUCAAACUCUCUGCUGGUUCGGGAGUCAUGCUCUGCUUGGAGUUCUGGUACUACAAAAUACUAACUUUGAUGACUGGAUACUUAAAGGAUGCCACUAUAGCCGUGGAUGCCUUGUCAAUCUGCAUGAAUAUCAUUGGGUGGGAGAUGAUGAUCCACUUGGCUUUUCUUGCGGGUGCUGGAGUAAGGGUAGCCAAUGAAUUGGGAGCUGGGAAUGGUAAAGCAGCGCAAUUUGCGAGUAUAGUGUCUGUGGCAUAUUCCACAAUGAUUGGACUCCUUUUCUGCAUCUUAAUCUUGAUUUUCCACGACGAUUUUGCAAACAUAUUUACAUCCAACACUGAAGUGGUGCAAGAAGUUGAUAAGUUGUUGUACCUCUUAGGUGCCACAAUUCUUCUUAACAGUGUUCAACCAGUUUUAUCAGGGGUAGCUAUUGGAUCGGGAUGGCAGGCGUUAGUUGCGUAUGUAAAUCUUGGGUGUUACUAUAUCAUUGGACUUCCUCUUGGAAUCAUUAUGGGAUGGGUUUUUAACCUCAGCCUUAUGGCAUUUAUAAUAUCAUAUAAUUACACUGCAAUAGAAAGGAUUAAUGGACCACAUCCACAAGCCAAGUGGCUAUUAUGAUUUGUGACAGAUAAAGACUUGGUCUCAUUAAGCAUAUAUAACUACCCUAAGGAUGUACCCAGGUGGUAAACUCGUUGGUCUUGGACAUGACAUAAUUCCAGAGAUCUCAAGUUCAAUUUACCACACUAUCAAUCUAUAGAAUUGUCAAUGUAUCUUAUGAGUAUGAAGUGAAAUAGUCUGGGCGAAGGC